AUGUUCUGUUACCACUGUCCGCCGAGCCUACAUCCGGGGUCUUCGCCAAGGUUGCCAACGCUCGAAUUUCCUUACUCUCCGGCGCACCCUUACACCAGUUACAGUUACCACCCGGACCUCCACGAUGAGACCUUCGUCAGGAGGAAACAGAGGAGAAACAGGACGACGUUCACCCUGCAGCAGCUGGAGGAACUGGAAAAUGCCUUCGCACAGACACACUACCCAGACGUUUUCACGAGAGAGGAACUCGCCAUGAAGAUCAACCUGACGGAGGCGAGGGUGCAGGUCUGGUUCCAAAACCGUCGAGCCAAAUGGAGGAAGAGCGAGAGACUGAAAGAAGAACAGAGGAAGAGAGAAGUGGUGGAAGGAGAUCCGAAUGCCAACACCCAGACACAGAGCGAGGCCGCAGACGAGGCCGACGGAGCCACGAGCAGCCUGGAGGUCGCCUCGCCGCCCUCGCCCGGCUCCCCGUCUUCGUCGCGCCCGCACACGCCCACCCACGGACACGCCCCCACUACCUCCGCCGCCGCCGCCGCCGCCGCAUCCUCCUCCAGCGGCGACGAUUUCCCCGCCCACCCCUCGCCCUCGGAGCCCCACGCCCACAUCCACCGCCACCACCACGUCCUGCACCACGCCCUCUCGUCCUCGUCCUCGGUCACGCCCCCUCCCCACGCCCCCAAUCUGGAACAGGACGUCGACAGCCAAUCCGUGGCCUCGCCCUUGAGCUACGACCACGCUCGCUCCGCCUACGAGGAGGAGGAGCGGGCGGGGCGCCGACUCGAGGGGGCGGCAACAUCCCCUGGCCCCACCCCUCUCGGUGACGUCACGUCUACGUCACACCUCUCUCCACCACUCAUACGGCCCCCAGUCUCCAUGAGCGGCGCGGUGGGCGGGGCCAUAGGCGGAUCGAGCUUCACGCCACACUUGUUUCCUUCUCUCAUAGACAGGUUUCCCGGGACUGUGCUCGUGCUGCCCCAUGAAGCCGCCCUCCUUCAACCCGCUCUCCAGCCUCGGCUCCGCCUCCUCAUUGGCCAACCCGCUCUCGUCGCUCACCAGUCAGGCGCCUUCCCUCGCCUCCUUGGCCAGUCACCAGACGCCGCCGCCGCCGCCGGCUCUGGCCUCGCUGGCCAAUCACAACUCGCCCGCUGCCUCCCUCGGCGCGCAGCGGCCGCCGCCGCCGCAGCCUCGGCCUCGGCGGCUGCGGCGGCCUCGGACCCGCGCAGUUCGAGCGUGGCGGAACUGCGGCGGAAAGCGCAGGAGCACUCGGCGGCCGUCCUGCAGAGCCUGCAGCACGCCGCCUCCCUGCACAGCCUGCACCAGAGCCUGCAGCACCACCAGCACCAGCAGCACCACCACAGCGCCUCCUCCACAGCCCUCAGCAUCGAGAACCUUCUGAAGAGCGACCCCUCCCCGCCCGCAGCCCCGCUCCUGGCCGCGGACAGGGACGCCGCGCAGCAGUAG